AUGAAGCCCAUCGUCAGUGCCGGAAAUGCAUGGUCAUGCACUGUCGUCUCCGUGUUCGCCAUCAUCAUCCUCAGUAUCAUCGCCGUCCUCUACCGCAGUGAGCACGAGGAGUUCCCAUCCAAAGACCCCAAGGGAGUCUCGGGAACCAUCUUCACUGCCGUCAUCGUCUACGCCGCUUUCUUCGUGUGCUGCGGUCUCCAGGGUCUCCUCCACGUCCGCGAGAGCCGACGCGGCGCCAUCACUCUAUCUUAG